GUGUCCUUUGCAUAGCUUGAGUGCCUUCCGGAAUUUGUGCAAUGGAGCAGGUUUGUGGAUCAGCUGCACUGCUCUCUAGAGUCGCAGAUGGCCGAGACACCGGAGAGAGUUCUGGUGAAGUUUCCGGAUGCGGAGAGCCCGGUUGCAUUUUUCACUUCGCUGCAAACACAAGCCCCACCGAUGGAGUUCAAAGAAGGAUGGCACGUUGGAGAAAGCGUCGUGUAUUUGGGUGAUGACCGAGAAGCCGGCGGGAAGAGGUUGUGUGCUGGAAUGCCCUGCAAGGUGGUUGGUCCUGGUGCUGAAGAGUCCUCUGUUGCCGUGCAGUUUCCUGGUUUUUUACGAACUCAUUUUGACAGCGAAUAUCGGAAGGCCCUCCGAGCUUCCAGGUUGUGCUGCAGCUUGUUGGCUGGAGGUCUUGGCAAAGUCAAAGCCUUCAAAGUGAGAGGGCCGUGUUCUCAAGGAACAACACCUUCAGAUUUUCAUUAAGGAUAUGUUACGUAUGUUUGGGACUCUGAAAUUGGCGCCUGAGC